AUGAAACAAUUGAGUGAUGAAGCUGAGGCCAGAGCAAAAGCAUCUAAGUUUAAAAGUGUGCCUCUGCCAACAUGUGGAUCAGGUAGUGGUUCUUCUUUUGCGUCAAAUUCUUCAUCACUUGUUGAAGAUCCUAGGAAGAAGAAAAGAGGGGUUGAGAGCCCAAUAGAGAAAUUGUAUAAUGCUGCCAGACGUGAAGAAAUGGAUAGCAUAAUUGCACGGUUGUUUUAUGCAGCUGGCUUGCCAUUCCAUCUUGCUAGGUGUCCAUAUUAUAAAGUUGCAUUUAAUUUGGCUACAUCAGAUAGUAAAAGCAUUCAAGGUUAUAUUCCGCCGGGUUAUAAUAAACUAAGAACAACUCUUUUACGGAAGGAAAGAGAACAUGUUGAGAAAGAGCUAGAACCAAUUAAGAGCACUUGGAAAGAAAAAGGUGUGAGUAUUGUGACCGAUGGAUGGACCGACGAACAACGAAGACCCCUCAUGAACUUUAUGGCUGUUUCAGAGGAUGGUGCAAUGUUUAUUAAAGCAGUCAACACUCAAGGGUCAGUGAAGGACAAAGAGUACAUUUCUAAGUUGAUCAUUGAGACAAUUACGGAAGUUGGGCAUCAGAAUAUUGUGCAAGUAAUCACGGACAAUGCACCAGUUUGUAAGAGUGCAGGGCUACUUGUAGAAGGUCAGUUUAAACACAUUUUUUGGACUCCAUGUGUAGUCCACACACUAAACCUUGCUUUAAAGAAUAUAUGUCAUCCGAGAGAUAUUCGAACUAAUGUUUUAGUAUAUAAAGGGUGUGCUUGGAUUAGUGAAAUUAUUGCUGAGGUGGUACUGAUCAAAAACUUCAUCACUAAACAUUCCAUGAGAUUAGCCAUGUUUAAUGAACAUGUGGAGUUAAAAUUAUUCACACUUGCAGAGACACGUUUUGCCUCUAUUAUUAUAAUGCUUCAAAGAUUUAAAUAUGUGAAGCAAGGACUCCGUAACUUGGUAAUUUGCAAUCAAUGGUCAUCAUAUAAAGAUGAUGAUCCUAAUCAAGCAUUGUUUAUAAAAGAGAAGUUGUUGGAUGAUGAUUGGUGGAACACUUUGCAGUAUGUUAUUGAUUUUACAAAACCUAUCAUAGAAAUGCUUAGAUUAUGCGACACAUACGAGCCUUGUCUUCACUUGGUUUAUGAAAGGUGGGAUCGAAUGAUAGAUGAGGUAAAGAGCAUUAUACAUCGCCACGAGGGCUUACAAUAA